AGAAGAGUAGAGAGAAAGCAGAGAGCUAUAGAAUUAUGUGAGGCUGGGCUGUCACACUAAGGGAAUCCUGUGGUCCUGUGGCUGGGCAUUGAUAGGACGCUAGAGUCAUGUCCACGGGAUCUGUGAGUGACACUGAAGACCUACUGGAGCUAAGGGUGCUACAGUUACCAUAUCCCAAAGCCAAGCGAGCAGGAACUAGUGAGCUGCUAAUGCUGGACCACUCAGCAGAGAACUCAGAGGAAGAAGGAAUCACUGAAUCAUCCAGUGGGAAAAGAAAGAGAAUAUCCAGGGGCUUACAGAGUCCAGACAAGAAGCAGCCUUCCCGAUCCUCCAAAGACGGCAAACAAUCCCAAAGGAACGCAGCCAAUGCCAGGGAGAGAGCCCGCAUGCGGGUGCUUAGCAAAGCCUUCUCAAGGCUAAAGACCAGCCUACCCUGGGUGCCCCCUGACACCAAACUCUCCAAACUGGACACACUCAGACUUGCCUCCAGUUACAUUGCACAUCUCCGGCAGCUGCUGCAGGAGGACAGAUAUGAGAAUAGCUUUGUGCAUCCAGUCAACCUGGUAAGAAUGAAGCUGCCAUACAGCCAGCACCAGUCGGCUUCCAGGGCUGCCUCAUGACUUGGCCUUUUGUGGCUUCGGGAAGACCAGACUGUGAUUAAAAAGAUGCUACGGCCGCCUUUAGACUAUGCGGGGGCCAUUGCCUAGGCCCUAGAACAUCACCUCUCUACCUUCUGGGGGAACAACAUCUUUUAAUACACAGACACUGAAAAAGGCAGAACAAGCUGCAAGAAUUAAAAACCUGCUACUGAGGGAGAAACCCAGAAAUGACAGAUUUAAGAGAAGUUAUGGGGCAGUUCCUCCUUUCCAUAGUAAAACCAAAGUGCACGUAGAAACUGGAAAUUUCUUUUUCUGCUGAUUUGAUGUUGAAUGCACAGGAAUCAAACAAGAAGACAAAAAUGGAAGCAGAAGCCAUCUUUCCUUUUUCUCUUCUCAUCUAUUGUUCCAUAAACUGCAACCAGUGUUAUUGUUUCCACAUCAGUAUUACAAAACCAGAAAUGUAUAAUAUAUUUUACAGGCUUUAUAUUUUUAUUUUUCUCCCCAUUUGUCAGAUCUGUUUUCUGGACAGCAAAAAAUGUUAGCAUUCAGCCCUUUGCUAUGGUAACCUGCUAUGUGUAUAUUGUGAAUAAGCUGUAUAAUCUGUAUUAUAAUAUCAAACAGUUGCCAGAGACCUCUUAAUUUUAUACGUAUAUAUUUUUCUAGUUGGGGAAGCAAAACGUCCUUCCCGUUAGAUGGUAAAUUGCCUUUGGUUUGCUGAGUCUACUUUAUUAAGAUUUGAUAUUUUAUUUUUCUAUGGACAUCAUUAAAGUGCAAAUGUGCUA